AAGGCGCUUGAUAUGAAAAUUCAUCUGUACCACAUCAAAACAUCAUUUGAGGUUUAACAUGACAGCUCGUUCAGUUUGUGAAUAUAAACAUUCUUACGUACGGACAGUAUGCCUAGAACAUUUUUAGUGAAACGGACUGGUGAGAUAGUUCAAUCUAGUGAAAUUGACAGUGAUAUAGAUUUAUCAAAAUCAGCUGUUUACGAGAUUUGUGUUGACAGGGAUUUAACGGAACCAGCCCGUGGAGAAAAAUGCCUGUUUAAAGCAGACGACACAAUUCAUCCAGUUGAUCAGAUUGUUGUAUCCGAGUUUUCCGAAUACACCGGCAAUAUGGAUACAGGAAGUAUGUCAGCUGAAAGAAAAGUUCUUCAAAAUGUAGAAACACGACCUGACAACAUAAGAAUAAAACAUGAAGCUGAAAGUGAUAAAAUAACAUCAGACUUAAACAUGACAAGUUCAAAUGAUGUCAGCACAGAUCCAAAGUCAAAUGCUAAGUUGACAAAUUACAUUGACAAAGAAAACAUUAAAUUUGAGCAAAUGAACAAUUCUGUUGGAGAAAGCACCGGUGUACUUCUUACCAAAGCUUUAAACACUCUUGUGAGUAGUGAUUACGAAAUGAUUACGCCACCUAGGAAAAGUAAGUCCCCAAAGGCUUCCGCGCAAAAAGACAAAAAAGUCUCUCUUUUCCGACCUUACGAUCUAGACAAUGGGAAAUCCAGUGAUAAGAAACCUGCCAUACCAGCACAGUCCCCAAUGCUACUAAGAUCUAACUAUUGCAGUUCCGGCCAAGAAUGGUUGAUUGAGAAACGCAGCAAGGCGGAAGCUAUCGUAAACAAUGUAAACUUUCUUGGUAUCCUCCAAAACGCUAGCACAAUCGAUACUAAUUCUAAAACGUGUUUAAACAGACAAGAAAAAAGUAUGAGCUGUACACAAAUGUUAACAGGAAAUGAUCAAAAUAACAUCCGGUAUUUAAAUAGUAAUUCUGAAUUGAUUUCACCGGAACAAAAGUCUGUUAAAUUACCACCAGCUCUGUUACCGUUACCACACCCAGUCAGAUCAUCCACACCGAAAAAUUCACCAUGUCCUUCACCUAACUUAGGGAAUUUGACACCUAUUCCAGACUUAAGUGUUCAGCGGAAAGAACUGAUUACUGUUCGGGAGGAACGCAAAUGCCCUCCUCUAGUUUCUGCAGUGCAACAAACAAUCUACAAAAACGAAACCAGUGAAAUGAAGCCCAAAUUUAUUCCUAUCCAGACGACACAAAGUGAUAUACAAUCUUCCUCAAAUGAGCUUCCGGUUCACGUGCGAUAUCAUGCUUCUGUUGGACAUCGACUUCCGUUAAAGCAUAGCUAUAAACACCAGAAUAUAGUGAAUAACCCAACAUUGGAAAGGGCAAGGUCUCCCAUAAAAAAUGAAGCCGAAUCAGAAAUAGAUAUGAAAGACAGAUACCGCUCAAAUAGUUGCCCGCCGAUUUCAAAACAGUGCUCCGUGCAAACGCACCCGCAGAAAGGAUUUUUAUCUAACGUGACGAAAACUUAUAUUGACGCUGUCAAAGAAACUUGGGCAGCGCACCAUGCGGUAAUGACUAAUACAAUGCCAUCAAACUGUGAUAAACCUGUCUUGCCAUCGUUUUCAACAUUCACAAAUAAGCUUUCAUCUAGUCAAAAUAACACUAUGUCAUUACCAGUUCUGAAUUCGCAGAGAGGUCAACUCCAAGACAAUAGUUCUUCAGCGAACUCGAAUAUUAAACAUGUAAGAAGCAGAAGUGAAGAAUUACGCCAAUCAUCGGACAGUAGCAAUGCUCAACCUGAGCGACCUCUGUCCUCGGAACACGUGUGUGGAAAUAAUUCAGAAAAGUUAAACUGUACUGAUAAACUUGUUUUAGAAAGUUGUUACAGAAAUGCUGAUGUUCGUGUGCCAAAACCUUCACAAACUGGCACUACCAAUCCGCAGGCGACAAAAGCUAAAACAUGGCACAUUCCCCAAGUCACCCAUGCUAAUACAAAUGAACCGGAAGUUGUAAUGAAUUAUGGAAAACCUAGUCAGAUUGGAAAUGCGGGCGAAAACAUAACCGGAAACGGACGCGCGAUAGUAUCUAGUCAUCAAAACCGUGUUCCAGGCAUACAGCGUCAGUGGACAUGUGAUUCUAGUCAACUAGUUAAAAAUUAUGACAGUGUACCCGGAUAUUACGCGCCGGAUAGUGUGAAAAAAGUUACUUCAGAUUUAAAGAAACAGUUCAACCCAUCCCUCGAUAUUUACAGAGAUCCAACGCAUUUUACAGUACCAAUGCUGGAUCCGAAACUUCGAAUGUUUAUGACGCCACAUGCUUUCAAUCCGAACCUUAUGACGCCAAAUAGCCUCGGUGCCGGCCUGAUAAAUUCUCUUCAUAUUCCUCGUUAUAGUAACAUGGAGGGAUAUCAGAGUCAUUCCAGAGAAGAUUUAAAACCAAACGUGUCCGCGAUGGGGACAGGAAUAAGACACGCCCAGUCUGGGUCAGUGGGGCGCACUUCUUCAGAUGGACGAGUGUUUACGGAUAGAAAUGCAAGCGUUCAGCUUAAACCAAGUCUUGUUGAUCCCCGACGACCACUUUCAACAUCGGCAUUGCAGAACCAACCAGUUAUACAGACAAUCAAACCGGAAGUAAAGCUGCCGCUUACACCAUUGAUGAUGAUGAUGAAGAGCGCCAAUCAGACAACCAACGUGAACGCUAAUGUUGAAGUUAUCAACGGAGGGUAUGGAAUAAAAAAUCCGUCUUUUAGUGCACCAAAAAUUCAAGAUUUCCCAGAACAAUGCGUAAAUCCAGAUUCAUCAAAGUUCGUCUGCAAAUUUUGUAAUAAGGAGUUUGCGCUACAACGUCUGCUGAACCGCCAUCUCAAAUGCCACAGUGACUCAAAGCGGUACCUCUGCACGUUUUGCGGGAAAGGUUUCAACGACACGUUUGAUCUGAAACGCCACACUCGGAUACAUACGGGUGUAAAACCGUACAAGUGUCCCUCGUGCGAGAAGGCAUUCACCCAGAGAUGUUCCCUAGAGUCACACACGAAGAAAGUACACGGCAUGGACCUACCAUACGGCUACAAACAAAGACGAACAAAGGUGUAUGUAUGUGAAGACUGUGGUCACUCUACAGCGGACCCAGAAGAUCAUUUCCGUCAUUUACAACAGAAUCAUCCAUUCUGUCCAGCAUUACAACGUUGUCACGACAAACGACAGUUCAAAUUCCGAGCCGAGCAAGAAAAACAAGACAUGGACAACAGUGAUGGUAACAUUACUCCAAAUGCUGAUCGACAUGACAACGAACCGACAGAAAGAAAAUACCAUAGGGAGGAAAUACAAAAUGCGUUUAAUCGUGUAGAUGUUGACGACAAAAUUGAACUCCGUAACGCUGUUGAAACAUUACAAAGUAGCAUAGAAAAUGAACCAGUAGGUAACGUGGAUAAAAAAGCAGAACCAGGUGAACAUAUCAGAAUAACUGAAACAUUUAAAGACCAGUCAAGACAGACUUACCCAGAAUCUCUUUAUUAUAAAAAUACAAAUAUUACAAACAACAGUGUAGAGAUGUGCAAAUCUAGCAGUAACAAUGAUAAUGGCCAAAAGGUUGACCAAUAUAGUAAUGUUUAUGUUGAACCUGUUGCUGACAAAACAACUGUUAAAAGAAAUACAGAUUCUGCUAUAAAUGUAAUACCAGAAUCAAUCAAACGUGUAGCAGCAUCCGAUCCAACGUGUAAUUCACCUAAGAAAAAACUGAAAUCCAUCAAUUCACCAAAAAAGAGUAAGACAAAUUCAUCAUCCCCAAUGAAAAUCCGUCCUCCACAGUUUGGGGUGUGUGAAAAUAGUAAUAAUAUGCCAAAAUAUGACACGGAGAAUGUCAUAAGUAAGAAGGCAACAGAUAAUUUUAUCAAGAAGAGACCGUUAGGAUCGCUCACACAAAAUACAUUAAAUCAAGAGAGGAACAGUCGGAAUAUGCAGUUGAGUAACAAUGAUAUUCAGUCAGUGAGGAGACCACUGGGAAACAUGGGCGGUAAACAAUGGUGACAUUACUGACGAUUGACAAUGUUGAUAUAUAUGUAUAAAAGUUGAGUUGGUUAAAAUAACUGACUAGUUUCAGUAUUAUGUUGAUAUUUUUCUUAAUUUCUUUGUGGUGUUUCUUUUUUGCUUUUCGGUAAUUUGGUAUACCGAUACCAAUAUAAGAAGCCGAUGAGAACUGUUGUUGUAAAUUGUAAAGUUAUACGGGAAAAGUGCAAUAAGUUUUUGAUUUUUGUUUUGUUUUGCUUUGUUUUAUUUUCUAUGUAGAUGUCGUUAUUUGAAGCUGUAUGAUAACAUACUUUUUUGUCGAUGUGUGUUGAUUUUUGUUUAUUGACUAUGAUUGAUCAGUUGAUGUUGAAUGUAUCUAUAAAAUGCCAGUUUCAGUUGAUAUGAAAAGUAAUGUCUCAAGUGUUGUGUAAAAGGGGACAAGCGUAUAAAAUGGUGACAGGAAAUUGUCUCUAGAAAAAACCAGUAUUGUUUGCUUAUUUAUAAUGUAGCUUUGUUUGCUUUAGAUAUUUUUUUUGUAUUUUAUGUCUCAUGUAAAUGAUAUAUGUGACAUAAAUAAUAUACAAAUAAACUCUUCAUACUCUCAGGAUUGCAAAUGGCAGCUUGGUUUUUGUUUUUUUACCUUUUCAGUAUUAUUCAUUUAUUUAUUUUCGCUUAACUUAUUUUUUCCAUUUUUAUUUUGACCUCAUUUAUCCUUAGUGUUUUUUUGUUUCAAUUUUCCUGUGUUUUGUUGACUUAUAUUCUGGUAAUUCAUUUUCAUUAUAAUUUCAUGUGUUUUUCUCCUCAGUAUUGCAAAAUUUUGCCUUUGCUUACCUAAGUCGACAAGCUUUGAUUGUUUUAUCCAUUUAUUUGCAUUUUUUUCAACAGGUGCUUACACUUUACAUUCCGUUCAUGUGUAUUUUUGUAUAUACUCACAUUUAUAAAUAUGUAACAUAUUAAACACCGCCGACACGUAUAAGUCUGCAUUAAUUACUCCAAAUUCUUUGUUUACUAGUGCUGGACAUUGUUUAUUCUGGUAUCUUCACACAGUACUAUUGGAUUUGGUUUGAAAUACUUUCCAAUGUCACUGUUUAGUACAUUGUAAAUCCUUGAACAUUUCUUUAUGCUUUUUUGUUCUUUGUUUUUGUUUAUAAAUGUACAUAUUGUAUGAUAUUAACACCUAUGUACAUCGUUUGAUUUUUGCUCAUAUCCAUGUAGAAUAGAAAAUUCAAAAUCAGAAAA